AAGUAAGGAAAGCGCCAGCCUUAUAUUAUUACAUGAGAGAGUCACUUUGUUUUGAUUGGGGUUGCGAUCCUACUUUGAAGAUCAGUUUGAAAUUGAAUAUUUGAUUGUAUUUGUGAUUGUAUUCAACACCUUCUUCAAUAUGGAUUCUGAUGAUAAUGGUACGGUGACUCUUGAGAAGAACCAUUUUGAAGCUUUGGUGAGAAGCUGCGUGCAAUCACUGACCGUUUUACCCCACGACAGAGCUGACUUCAAUGGUUCCGAGGUUGAUGAUUUUGGUGCUUCUCAAGAUGCCGAUAAGAUUACAAUUGCGAGAAAGGAGUAUGAUUCCUUGAAGCAAUCCUCUGGUGAAUAUGAGUUACUGCGACGCAGACUUAUUCAAGCUGGUGUUACGGAGGAGACCUUGAAUGGCAUGUUAAUGAAGGGUAACGAUGAAAAUGAAGCUGCUCAGAAUGCUGUCUCGAAUGUGUUUGCGGAGCAUGAAGAUCCUGAUGAAAGCACUACCUUUAUGACACAAAGUCCUCCUCUGUUGACCCAAAUGGACCACGGUCACCAAGCUUAUACAUAUGGCACACCCCGAACUGGUAGAAUACUUGCAAGUCGUCCUCAAGAAUACAAAAGCUCUCAAACUCAUAACUUUCAGUAUCAAGAGACGCCGAGCUAUAAUCUGCAUACCAGUGGUCACGACCACAAUAAUAAUACUUUCGAUUUUGAGACCGAAGACUUUUCGGAUGUUAGGUCUCAGGGCUCAUCUUAUGAGAAGUAUGCCAAUCGUACUGUACAAUUGUACAACCUCCCAGAUGGUACUACACAUGCAGAUGUUUGCGAUGUUGUUAGGGGAGGGAUGUUGUUAGAUAUGUAUCUUCGCAAUCAUGACCAUACUGCGAUUGUAUCGUUCCUCGAACAGUCCCAAGCUAAUGAGUUCUUUCGUCAUGUCAAACGCAAUGAUUUGUAUAUCCGUUUAAAGAGGGUCGAUAUCCGAUGGCAUGAUAGGCAUUUCGUCUUACCAGAUCGUAUCGCAAGAAAUAUAAGCAUGGGAGUUACGAGAAACCUUGUCCUUCAUAAGUGCAACCCCAGCUUGACCGAAGAAGUCAUCCGUAAUGAUCUCGAGCACAUCCAUAACCUCGUAUUAAUUAAGGUUGUGUUCAAUGGUUCCAGUGUUCUCAUCUCGACCAAUUCUGUUCAUAAUGCAAUGUUUGCUCGUACUUGCAUGAUGAGUCGUGGCGCUUAUAAAUAUUUAAAGAUUAACUGGGCUUGUGAUGAAUGUGCAGCACCACUACCGAGGCGCCCAAGUCCUCAAUUCGACAAUCCUCCCAUCACAAAGAAGGAGAACACCCCUUUGGCCAACCGUUUCGAACCUCUUAGGAUUUACAUGGAGGACGAAUUAGAGACUGACAACGAGGGCAAAGAAGACAAGAUUGUGAAUGCUGACGGUGUAGAUGGGAGUGCGAGAAGAAGACAACAGGGAGGUGCUGGAGUAAGAGAGCAAGAGGAAGAAGUGAUGGCGUAAUAAUGGGCUUGGGUAUUUCGGCUGUGGAUAUUCACAUACCUGGACUUGGUUCCUACAGCAUUUAUGAUGGGGAUAGAUUCGUCGAUCAGCACACUUUUCGAUUCAUCCGGAAAGGCUGAAGAUUGGUGAAUACUAUCCUUUACAUCGAGCUAUGUACUAGGUUUGGGAGGCGUUACCAUGAGGAGUAUGUGUCUUUGUGUAUUUUCUGGCUCAGAUACCCCUUGAAGAAUGGUCUGAUGAAGCGGUAAUUUUCACUGUAAGUGUGGAUGACUAGGAGGGUACGUACAAACUUGUAGUAUAGAAAUAUCUAUAGCCACCCAGUGCUUAUAGGGCUAAUAUCGUUAUCGUAGCGAAAUAACAAAAAGUUUUCAAAAGUUCAAUUUGUUGUCUGCGGGUGAUCUACAGAUUGAUAAAAUCCGCUUAGCAGG